CACACACUCCAGAACCAGAUAUUUAGCAGAGCAGAGAUCUCUGCCCGAGACAGAGGACUGAGGGGGGCGGGGGAGAGAGAGAGAAUGGCUUCAGCGUUGGAGUUUGCGUCGCCGGAAAGCUACGAAGAGGGCGACGAACGGCGGGAUUUCUUCGGAGGGGGGCCUCAUCCGGCGGUCGGAAAUUACGUGUCGCUGCUGCCGGCGGAGGCAUUUCUGAGAGCGGCUGUGUCUCUGAAGGACCAGGUGGUACAAGUCACGUGGAAGGAAGGCAGCGGAGGAGGGCAGCGGUACUGCGGAGACCCAACGGCGUACGUGGGGUUGCUGGGGACGGCUUUCAUCUGCCUGAGGUCGCACGAGGCCACCGGCAGCCGGGAUGACCUGCUAUUGUGCGCGGAGAUUGUUGACACGUGUGCCGCCGUCGCACGUGCCUCCUCAAGGCAUGUGACCUUUUUAUGUGGUAGAGGAGGAGUCUAUGCGCUUGGAGCUGUGGCUGCCAAUUAUUUGGGGGACCAUCAAAGGCGUUACAUAUUUUUGAACCUCUUCCUUGAGGUGGCCCAAGAGAGAGCUCUCCCAAUUGGACCAGAGGAAGGUGGUUUUGGAAUGUCAUAUGACCUCCUUCACGGGCGAUCUGGGUUUUUGUGGGCAUCAUUGUUCAUGAACAAAUACCUUGGGCAAGAAACCUUGCCGAAUGAUCUUCUCAUGCCGAUUGUUCAAGCUGUGUUAGCUGGGGGCAGGACAGGGGCAUCCAACAACUCAGCCUGCCCACUUAUGUUCAGAUGGCAUGGAACAAGGUACUGGGGUGCAUCACAUGGCCUUGCUGGAAUCUUGCAUGUGCUUCUUCACUUUCCUUUAGGUGAAGAAGAUGCAGAGGAUGUCAAGGCAACACUAAGGUACAUGAUGGGAAAUAGGUUUCCUCACAGUGGAAAUUACCCUUCAUGUGAAGGGAACCCAAGGGAUAAGUUGGUGCAGUGGUCUCAUGGUGCAACUGGCAUGGCCAUCACUCUUUGCAAGGCAGCACAGGUGUUCCCAAGGGACAGGGAGUUCCGCGAUGCAGCUAUAGAAGCAGGGGAGGUGGUGUGGAAGAAUGGGCUGGUCAAGAAGGUGGGACUUGCUGAUGGUGUUGCAGGUAAUGCAUAUGCCUUCCUUUCCCUCUAUCGACUGACGGGUGAGAGCAUAUAUGAGGACAGAGCAAAGGUGUUUGCGAGCUUUCUGCAUCAUAAUGCUGGGAAACUUGCUCGCGGAGCUGACCUUGCCCACUCCCUCUUCCAAGGACUCGCGGGAGCUGGCUGCCUGUGGUUUGAUUUGCUGAGACCAGAGACCUCCUGCUUCCCAGGCUAUGAACUUUAGCUUAAAAUGAGGCAAGUUGAACUGAAAGCUCUGUUUUCAGUUUAAAAUGUAACAUCAAAAUGUAUAUAUAUGCUGGUAAGGUGAGUGUAUGAUCUUAACUGAGUUCUAGCUCUAAUUUAAUAUUAAAAAAAAAAAAGAAGGAAAAUAUCUUCUGUUC